GAAGUGACGUGGAGUACUGUGGACAUGGCAAGCGGACGUCUGCUAAAAACUUCCUAAAUCACGAGAACAUUUGUGACUACAUCUUUGGAUAUGUUACGGUAGCGCUCGUUAUACCGGUUGCCUCACAAUUUCAGAUUCAGCUUUGACGGAACAAAUUUUUCAUCCAAGAAUCAACGGCAGCGAUUGCCGGCUAGCCCAUUAGCUAACAGGAACAGCCACUGCUGAAGCGAUAGCUGUGUAACGUCAGCGUCAUGCAAGUCAAAUAAUGUGUUUUCACUGGAGCCGAAACAUGAAAAGCACGAAGAAGGACUCAAUUAACCGGCGUUGACGUGCUACAAUUAACAAAAACCGCAGUAGUUAGCCGGCUAAUUUUAGCCCGUCGGCUUAACGUUAGCAGGUAAAUAUCCGAGCGAACUGUCAAAAUGUCUCUGUUCAGAGGUGAAGAGAUGUGUUUGGCCCAACUCUUUCUUCAGUCGGGGUCUGCAUACGACUGCAUCAGUGAACUUGGAGAACUGGGACUUGUGGAGUUCAGAGACCUCAAUCCCAGUGUUAACGUAUUCCAGCGGAAACACGUCAAUGAGAUCAAAAAAUGUGAAGAGAUGGAGAGGAUCCUUGGAUACCUUCUGAGGGAAGUAAAGAAAGCAGACAUUUCACUGCCAGAGAGAGACGUGAACCCAGUGGCUCCUUUGCCCAAGCAUGUCAUGGCUAUAAUGGAGCAGCUGCAGAGGCUAGAAGUGGAGUUAGGUGAAGUCACCAGGAAUAAAGAGAAGCUGCAGAGGAAUCUGCUGGAGCUGACAGAGUACACACACAUGCUGCGCAUCACCCGCAGUUUUGUACAAAGAACAGCGGAGCGAGAGCCACUACAAGUCCAGUAUGAGGAGUUUCCCUUCUUAGAAAAAGACACAAUGAUGGACUACAGCAGCAUGCAGAGGCUAGGAGCCAAACUGGGUUUUGUUUCUGGGCUUAUUAAGAGGACGAAGAUCGAAGCCUUUGAGCGGAUGCUUUGGAGAGUGUGUAAAGGCUACACCAUCCUCAGCUACGCUGAGAUUGAGGAGUAUUUGGAAGAUCCUGACACGGGUGAGCCGACCAAAAGUGUGGUGUUCCUGAUCUCUUACUGGGGAGACCAAAUAGGUCAGAAAGUGAAGAAGAUCUGUGACUGCUACCACUGUCACUUGUACCCCUAUCCCAGUAGCAAUGAGGAGAGGAAUGAUGUGGUGGAAGGACUAAGAACUCGCAUUCAAGACCUGCACACAGUACUUCAUAGAACAGAGGACUACCUGAAACAGGUCUUGAUUAAGGCCUCAGAAUCCGUCUACACCUGGGUCAUCCAGGUCAAAAAGAUGAAGGCCAUCUAUUAUAUUCUGAACCUGUGUAGUUUUGAUGUCACCAACAAGUGUCUGAUCGCUGAGGUGUGGUGUCCUGUCAAUGACAUCCCCACGCUGCGGAGGGCCCUAGAGGAAGGAUCGAGAAAAAGCGGAGCGACAGUCCCCUCCUUUGUUAACCGUAUUCCCACCAACGACACUCCCCCCACCCUGAUAAGGACCAACAAAUUUACCUCUGGUUUCCAAAACAUUGUAGAUGCCUAUGGAGUGGGCAGUUACAGAGAGGUUAAUCCUGCUCCUUUCACAAUCAUCACUUUCCCAUUUCUGUUUGCUGUAAUGUUUGGGGACCUGGGUCAUGGAGCUAUCAUGGCUCUGUUUGCUCUCUGGAUGGUGUUGUACGAGAACAACCGCAAACUUAAAAACACCAGGAAUGAGAUCUGGAACACAUUCUUUGAGGGGCGUUAUAUCAUCCUGAUGAUGGGCCUGUUCUCCAUCUAUACUGGCCUGAUAUACAAUGACUGUUUCUCAAAGUCCCUUAACAUCUUUGGUUCUGGCUGGAAUGUGAAGGCCAUGUUCACGGAGAAGCAGUGGCAGGAAAAUGAUUUGCAUGGGACUGGUUUUCUCACUCUGGAUCCAAAUGUCACGGGAGUUUUCAACGGACCGUACCCUCUGGGAAUUGACCCGAUUUGGAACUUAGCAACCAACCGCCUUACAUUUCUGAACUCCUAUAAGAUGAAGAUGUCGGUGAUAUUGGGCAUCAUACACAUGAGCUUUGGGGUCAUCCUUAGCACUUAUAAUCAUUUGCACUUUAGAAAGAAGUACAACCUGUACUUGGUUUUCCUCCCUGAGCUCCUGUUCCUGCUGUGUCUCUUUGGCUACCUGGUGUUCAUGAUAUUCUACAAGUGGCUGGCCUUCAGUGCGAAGGACUCGAGACACGCUCCGAGCAUCCUUAUCCACUUCAUAAACAUGUUCCUUAUACAGGGCGACCCAGUGGAGCCCCUUUUCUCAGGACAGAAUGGCCUGCAGGUGUUUCUGGUGGUCAUUGCUGUUCUCUCAGUGCCUGUCUUACUCCUGGGGAAACCUCUCUACCUUUAUUGGCUUCACAAUGGAAGCCACCGCCUAGGAAUGUACAGGGGAUACGAGCGUGUGCGGCGCAACAGUGAAGAGGAGCUCUACCUGAUGAGGGCUCAUGACAUGGAGGAGGGCAGCAGUCACAGUGAUCUCUCUAGUAGUGGAGAGCACCAGACAGAGGAGUUUGACUUUGCAGAUGAAUUAUUGCAUCAGGCCAUCCACACUAUAGAGUAUUGCCUGGGUUGCAUCUCCAACACAGCCUCCUACCUAAGGCUCUGGGCUCUGAGCUUGGCACAUGCCCAGCUGUCAGAGGUGCUGUGGACUAUGGUGAUGCGAGUAGGACUACGCAUGGACACCACUCUCGGGGUUUUAUUCCUGGUGCCUGUGUUUGGCCUGUUUGCUGUUCUCACUGUGUCCAUCCUUCUGAUAAUGGAGGGUCUGUCUGCAUUCCUUCAUGCCCUCCGGCUGCACUGGGUGGAGUUUCAGAAUAAAUUCUACAGUGGGAGUGGAGUCAAGUUUUGCCCUUUUUCCUUCUCUCUCCUGCCCUCCAGUUUUGAGCAUGAUGGCUUACUGUGAAGGGAUGAGCUGGUAACACUGAGGUGGUAAGCAGAGCCAAAAGAAGCCAGCAGGGUCUGUACUCCAGAGAAAACAUGAGGGGAUUUAGAUUUAUUUAGUCAUCUUUUUAAAAAAUUAUGUUAAGAAAUUCUUUGUUCAGCAUCACAAACUUUAAACUGAAACACACUGCAGAACACGUUUGUUAGGUUGAAGUGUGAGGCUCAAAUAUAAAAUGUUACUCAUAUACUUAAACCUUUUAUUUACUACUGUGGCAUUAUUGUUGUUGAUGUCACAUGUAUGGAAAACCAAAUCCACCAAACUUAAAUUAAAUAAGUAAAACAAUAGUAUUAUAAGAAUAGUAUGAGAUAACAGUAAAAAAACAAAUGAAUGGCUCAUUGAAUAGAUUAAAGAUAAAAAAAUAAUAAUAAUAAAAUAACAUCCAACUUUUCUUGUAAUAUCUUCUAUU